AUGAAUAAAAGCAGCUUGAGUUAUCUAAAAUCAAGCUAUUAUCUUCAGGAGCACCAAUAGAAGUUGUUCCUAAUGAAAUUAUAUUCAAGGAUAUAUAGAUAAAUUAGACUUAUGAGAUUGCUGUUUAUAUACGAAAUUUAACAUAAAAUGCACGUAGAAUAAGAGUAUUUCAACCUCAUUCUCAUUUUAGAUGUGAAAUGCAAGGGUAAAUAAUAUAGAUAAUUAAUUAAGUGCAAUAGCUGCUGGACUUUCAAUGAAAUUAAUUGUAACAUUUGAAACAGCCACUUUAGAUUCAUUUACAGACUAACUAAAGAUUGUAACUGAUGGUUAGUAUAGUAUAAAUAUUCCAUUACAUGCAUUUCCAGCAUAAGCAGCGUAUUCCAAUAUAAUAAAUAAGGAUAAUUUAUGAGCCAUUCAUAAAUUUAGGAUUUGUGAGAGUCAGAAAAGAGAAAGUGGAUAAAAUACAUUUUUAAAACGAAGGAAAAGCAGCAGGAAGAGUAGAAUUGAAAUUAGAUAAAAUUGUAGAAUUCAGAAUAGAACCAAAUUCAUUUACUCUCAUUCCAGGAUAAGAAUUUACUGUAACUGUAUUUUACAAACCAAGAGAUGCAGGAAUAUUUAGAGGAAUUAUUGAAGUAUUUGCAGAAGGUUAAUAAAGUGGAUUAAACUUAAAAAAUCCUAUUGAAAUUAAUGCAACAUCAAUAUAAUUUACAAGAUUUUUAAUUGAUUAAAAUGGUACUUAAAGUAAUACCUUUCAUUUUGGCACCAUGUUUUAUGGAUAACAAAAAUAAAUUGAAGCUUAUUUAAUAAAUAAUACACCUAGAUAAUAGAAAUUUAAGGUAAAAUUGAAAUAAGGAUUACAUGAAAGAGAAGAAACGUUAAAGUUAUAGACACCAGCAGAGUUAGGUCUUGAAUAAACAGAGAGAAUUAUGGAAUGUUGGCCAGAAGAAGGUGUUAUUGAAUAAUAUUCAUAGGUAACAAUAAUAUUUAAAUGUAAACCUAAAGUUAAUGAAGAAUUGUAGAUGAAAACACGUUAAUUUGCAUUAAAUCAAGAUAAAAAAAUCGAAUUAGAAGAAUUUCAUUAUUCAGCAAUAUUUGACUUUAAUGAUGAUGAACCAUUAAUCAUCUUACUGUUCAUUGUAUUUGUCCACAAAUUAAAUUUCCUCCUAUUUAAACUUUAUAAUUUGGGUAGUGUAUAGCUAAUUAAACUAAAGAUAUUGUAUUUGAAGUUUCAAAUAUGUCUAAAGUAUAAUCUAUACUCAUUGGAUUUCCAACUAUUCCUUACUUUUCAGUCAAUCCUUAAUUGAAAAAAUUAGCUAUCAAUGAAAAAAUCAAUUUUUGGGUAACUUUUAGACCAAAACAUGUUGGUUAAUUUUCAAAUGUUCUUAAUGCUGAACUAUUAGGAGGCGUGUUUAAAAUUCCAAUUAAAGUUACAGGAAUAUGUUCAUAAAUGUUAAUUACCUAAAACAAUAAUUUAGAAAAGGAGCUGAUUAGAAAUUUCUAAAGAUCGUUCUAUCUUUGGAAUCAUUAAAACAUCAACAGAUUAAGUAUAAUGGAUUCAUUAAAUAUUGAAUGUAUAUAAAUUAAAUUAAUACUAGUAUAAUCAUUUGAAAUGUCUUAAAUCGUUAGUUUCAUUAUCUUAAUAGGUGUGGAUAAGAUUGAAGAGAUGAAACGAUUAAAUAAGGAUAAAUAUAAUGAGUAUUUAAAAUAGCAUAGAGAAUAAAAAAGGACAAGGAUUAGUAAAUAAAAAAAAAAUUAAGUAGAUGACAGAGAGGAUGAAUCAGAUAAAAAAAUGAAUCAUUAAUUUUGA